CAGUGGUUAAAUUCAUCAGAUUCUGUUUCGUUCUUUUUGAUAAAAAUUAAUAAAUUAAUAUAAAAACCCGAGAAAAAGAAUCUGUUUUGAGAUCCAGCAAAUUACAAUGUCAAUUUUCCCUCAAAAUCUAUCAAAUUUAGGGUUUUUUUCCUCCCUUUUUUAACCCCAAAAUAUCCUUCUAAUUUGCCACUUAUUCCACUCUCCCCACUCAAUUUUAGGUUUCCUGAUUCGAUUCACCUUUUCAAACACCAGAUCAUAGCUUGAAUUGAGGCUAAUUUUAGUGGGUUUUUUUAAUUUCUAAUUCUGAUUUUUGUUUGAAUUGCGCAUCAUAAGCAGCUGAGAUUGGUGGGAUUUUGUGUGUAAUUGGUGUUGCAUGUGGGGAAUUAUUGUAAUCGGAGCUUAAAUUUAGUGGAUUUUUUUGAAUGUUGAUAAGGAGAUUGAUAAAGGUUUGGUUUUGAUAAAUUUUAGGGUUUAGUUUUGAUUUUGAGUUGGUUAGUCUGCAUGUGUAAGAAGUAAGGGGUCCUCUGCUAGACUGUAGAGGAUCCCUAUUGGUUGAUUUAAGCUUUUUAUUUUGUGGGUUUGUAUUUGAUUGUUGAACAUAUUUAUAUAAGUUAUUGGUUAGAGGAUAAUGUUUAGUCCUGGUCAUGAUAAUACUGGAGUGCUUCCUAUGCGCUUUGUGUGGCCUUAUGGUGGGAGGAGUGUGAUUCUGAGUGGCUCUUUCACUGGAUGGACUGAACACAUACCCAUGUCGCCUGUGGAGGGUUGCCCCACUGUUUUUCAAGUUAUUUGCAGCUUAACCCCAGGAUAUCAUCAGUAUAAGUUUUUUGUUGAUGGAGAAUGGCGGCAUGAUGAACACCAGCCAUCUGUAAAUGGGAAUUAUGGUGUAGUAAAUACUGUUUUCUUACCUACGGGAUCAGAUGCAGUUCCUCCAAUUCUUACUCCUGAGACACCUGGAUCUAACAUGGAUCUAGAUGAUGUCUUUUUGCGCCCAGAAGUAACACCAAGGGUAUCAGAAGCUGAUUUGGAGGUCUCACGGCAUCGUAUUUCUGCAUUCUUGUCUACCCAUACUGCAUACGAGCUGCUUCCUGACUCGGGCAAGGUUAUUGCCUUGGAUGUUAAUUUACCAGUUAAGCAAGCAUUCCAUAUUCUCUAUGAACAGGGUGUCCCUUUAGCUCCUCUUUGGGACUUCUGUAAGGGCCAAUUUGUCGGAGUUCUUAGUGCAUCGGACUUCAUCUUGAUUCUCAGGGAGCUUGGAAAUCAUGGAUCCAAUUUGACAGAGGAAGAAUUGGAAACACAUACUAUAUCAGCUUGGAAGGAGGGAAAAUCACAUCUUAACAGAGAAAUUGAUGGUGGUGGGAGAGCAUAUCCUAGACGUCUUAUUCAUGCUGGGCCAUAUGAUUCACUAAAAGAUGUUGCUUUAAAAAUUCUGCAAAACCAUGUAUCAACAGUUCCCAUCAUUCAUUCUUCUUCACUGGAUGGUUCAUUUCCACAAAUACUACAUCUUGCUUCUUUAUCAGGAAUUCUAAAAUGCAUAUGCAGGCAUUUUAGACAUUCUGCUAGUUCUGUGCCGAUUCUUCAGCAAUCAAUUUGUUCAUUUCCUCUUGGGACAUGGGUUCCAAAAAUAGGGGAUUCAAAUAUUCGGCCAUUUGCCAUGUUGCGACCGAACGCCUCUCUUGGUGAUGCACUUUCUUUGUUAGUUGAUGCUGAAGUCAGUUCAAUACCAAUUGUAGAUGAUAAUGAUUCACUCUUGGAUAUAUAUUCACGAAGUGAUAUUACUGCCUUGGCAAAAGAUAAAGCCUAUGCACAGAUUCGUCUUGACGAAAUCAGUAUACAUCAGGCAUUGCAAUUGGGACAAGAUGCAAAUACACCUUAUGGAUUCUUCAAUGGGCAGAGAUGUCAGAUGUGUUUGGGAUCUGAUCCUUUACAAAAAGUGAUGGAGCGAUUAGCACUUCCUGGGGUUCGUAGACUUUUGAUUGUAGAAGCUGGCAGCAAGCGCGUGCAAGGGAUCAUAUCGAUGAGCGAUGUGUUCAACUUUCUGCUCGGUUAGCCCAGUCCUAAGUGCGAUCUGCUUGCAAGUGUUUGGUUUGGUAACACCGGAGAAGGCUCAUUUCUUUCUUAUUUGUUCGGUCAUGUCCUAUUUCAUCGGAAGGGUCCUGUGCUUAUGAGCCCUGCCGUCCACUUAGGGUAGAAAAAUUCAGAGAGCAAAGAAGAAUUUGUAAAUCGAGAGUAUUCAAAUUUUCCCCUUCUAUAACCAAAUUAUCAAGUCAAUUGUGCUAACAGAAAAUGAGGCUUCAGUAAUUUGCUUGUCGCGCUCCACGCCAUUGGUGGAAUGCACAUAAUCAGCGUACGCUUAAAUCGAUUGAUUUGCCUCAUCUUUGUUGGCUUCAUUUCUAAUCUUUCAGUGAUCUUGUAAUUCUUCAAAAUAUUAAAAAUGUAUAUCCUAUCAUAUAGGAACAAUGAAAUGGAUUUUUCUUUCUUA